AGUUGUUGAUGGCGGCGGUGGGAAGAAGGUCGCUGCAAAAUCUUCGCUGUCAAAAACCGCAUGAGGUCGUGUAGGGUUAGAGUCUUCCGUACCGGUCUGACCCACCGUACGUCUGACAGUGACGUCCGUCUUCAUUGUUUUUCUUUGUGGAAGGGACAGUUGGCAUCAGCUCCGAAGAAGCAAGGAAGAUUUGCCAUUUGAAAUUGUGAUUACAUUGAAAGAUCGACCAUGAUGAUGAAGUGCUUGGCAAUACUAUUGGCUUCGGCCUCGUUGGCUCUGUCGUUUUCUCCCCAGAACCCAGCUUCCUUUUCGCAAAAGUCCACUGUUGUUCAAAACACACUCAACUCAAAAUGGACCAUGAUGCCCGAGGAACCCAUGCCCGAGGUCGAUCCUCGAAGGAAGAAUCCUGAUGACAAGCCUCCAGCCAACCCUGUUAGAAUGCCUGUGAUUGACGGUGAUAAUGGACAAAUGGAUGUUCUUAGUCGUCUGUUGAAGGAUCGAAUUCUUCUGCUCGGACAAGGAGUGGAUGAUGAAGUUGCCAAUGUGUUGGUUGCUCAGCUUUUGUAUCUCGCCAAUGAGGAUCCUGAUAAAGAUAUUACUCUGUACAUCAACUCUCCCGGUGGCAGUGUGAGUGCUGGAAUGGCGAUCUAUGAUACCAUGCAAUAUGUCCCCUGUGAUGUUUCCACCGUUUGCUUUGGAAUGGCUGCCAGUAUGGGAGCCUUUUUGCUGGGAGCAGGAGCCAAAGGCAAGCGCCGUGCUUUGCCCAAUUCACGUAUCAUGAUUCAUCAACCUCUUGGUGGGGCUCAGGGCCAGGCCGCUGAUAUUGAAAUUCAGGCCAAGGAAAUCUUGUUUAUUCGUGAAGUUUUGAACACCUACAUUGCCGAAUACUGCGACCAGCCAAAGGACAAGAUUGAGGCUGAUUGCGACAGAGAUUUCUUCAUGACUCCCGAGGAAGCUGUGGAGUACGGUAUCAUCGACGAGGUUGUCAAGACAAAGACCAGCCACAUGCCAAAGCCUGUGAUGCCAGUUCUGUAGACUUUCACGACAACAAACUAAAGCAAAUCUUAAAGCUUGCCAAAUGGCGCGUGAUCCUUUUUGCGUUGACUGUGUGGUACAAUCAGGUCCGACUAUGUCACAGGUUAGUUACUCUUUUGAUGCUAAAGUUCACACAAGGACAUGUACAACUACGACGCUCUAGCUGCAUUCGAUGGAUCGGAAUCUCGCAC